AUGGUGGACACAACAACAACGACAACGAGCACAAGCGCUGUGUCAGGUCAACCGUCCCUAAAUAUUGCGAAACCCCCUUCCUUCUGUAGACUCUGUAACGCAGAAUUGAGUGACCAGCAAACGUGGAAAGCCCACCUCAAAAGCGACCAGCAUGUCUACAAGCUUCGAUUAAAAGUAGCAGAGCCCGGCAGUGUCAGAUCCCCGCCGCCACCCCCUCCUUCGACAGACGCCGACCAAACGAAAAGCGCAGUGUCGUCACGCGCUCGAAGGAGAGAUGAACCUAAUGUUAGUAUCGACCAAGACCAAGACGUUGCCAGCGACACGGAAGAUGAACUAGAAGAACCAUCAGCACCAGAUUUCGAUCCUGGCAGUUGCCUCUUCUGCGCGCAAGAGUCCGACACAUUAGACGACAACAUGACACAUAUGGCCGCCGCACAUAGCUUCAACGUGCCGUUCCAAGAAUUCCUAGCCGUCGACCUCGAUACGAUCAUCGAGUACCUACACUUUGUCAUCUUCGGCUACCGAGAAUGCAUAUGCUGCGGCACGCGGCGGGGCACGGUCGAGGGCGUCCAGCAACACAUGGUAGCCAAGAGCCAUUGUCGAUUUGACAUAUCCAUAGAGACCGAAGAAUUCUACGAGAUGCUACGAUCCGAAAACGCCGUCAUCGACCAGGCGCAACGCGACGACAGCACGCCGGUGCGCUUGCCGUCGGGAAAGCUCAUCUCGCAUCGGAAGAAUCCCGAGACCCAAGAUCCCCAAGCCAAGCCUCGACCCGCUCGCCGAGAAACGCCAGACCGACAUCCAAACCGCCCUCUAGACUCAUCUGCCCCACGCCCGGGAACCCCCUCGGCUCCCAGUCUCGAGGUUACUCAACGGGGAGGGAGUGGAAGCGGUGAAAUCGUGCGUAGUAGCGAAGCUAUACUUGCCGCGCAGCUGUCUAAGCUGAGGAUAGCGGGCGAUAGAAUACAGCACAAGGAAGAGAAGCGGAAGCGAUGGAGGCUGGAACGAGCGCAGAACAUCAUUUCUCUCAAGCGUUUUAAGCUAGAUAGUGCUGAUGGUCGGAUGGGUCGCCAAUUCUAG